AUGGCCUGGCUCAAGUGCACCUACAACUAUGCAUGUAGCAUGGGCAAUAAACACGAGGAGCUGGAAGCCGCUGGACAGCAGGACAGCUAUGACUUGAUCGCCCACACAGAAACGUGGUGGGAUGCCUCUCAUGACUGGAGUGCUGCAGUGGACGGCUACAAGCUCUUCAGAAAGGCUAGUUUUCUUCUUCUCUUUUUUUUUUUUUUUUCCUACCCCCCCCUCCACGAAUUUCACCCGUUCAUUGAGGCACUUCUUCCACAUGUCCGUGCAAUUGCCUACACUUGGUUCAACCUUCAGGCUCGAAAACGCAAGUACUUUAAAAAACAUGAGAAACGGAUGUCGAAGGAUGAGGAAAGAGCAGUCAAGGAUGAGCUGCUUAGCGAAAAGCCUGAAAUUAAACAGAAGUGGGCAUCCAGGCUCCUGGCCAAGCUGCGCAAAGAUAUUCGCCAAGAGUUCCGGGAGGAUUUUGUGCUCACGGUGACUGGGAAGAAGCACCCAUGCUGUGUGUUGUCCAAUCCUGACCAGAAGGGUAAGAUCAGGAGAAUCGACUGCCUGCGACAGGCUGACAAAGUCUGGCGUCUGGACCUAGUCAUGGUGAUCCUGUUCAAAGGCAUCCCCUUGGAAAGUACGGAUGGAGAGCGGCUCAUGAAAUCCCCACAUUGCACAAAUCCAGCACUUUGCGUCCAGCCACAUCACAUAACAGUAUCAGUCAAGGAGCUUGAUUUGUUUUUGGCAUACUACGUGCAGGAGCAAGAUUCUGGACAACCAGGAAGUCCAAGCCACAAUGAUCCUGCCAAGAAUCCACCAGUGUACCUUGAGGACAGCUUUGUGAAAUCCGGAGUGUUCAACGUCUCAGAACUUGUGAGGGUGUCCAGAACUCCCAUUACCCAGGGAACUGGAGUGAACUUCCCAAUUGGAGAGCUUCCGAGCCAGCCAUACUACCAUGACAUGAAUUCGGGUGUAAAUCUACAGAGGUCCUUAUCCUCUCCACCAAGCAGCAAAAGACCCAAAACCAUCUCCAUAGAUGAAAAUAUGGAGCCAAGCCCCACAGGAGACUUUUAUCCUUCUCCAAAUUCACCAGCUGCGGGGAGUCGGACAUGGCAUGAAAGAGAUCAAGAUAUGUCUUCUCCUACAAUGAAGAAACCUGAAAAGCCUUUGUUUAGUCCUACUUCUCCCCAGGAUUCUUCACCAAGACUGAGCACUUUCCCCCAGCAUCACCACCCAGGAAUCCCAGGAGUUGCACACAGCGUCAUCUCAACUAGAACUCCGCCUCCACCUUCACCAUUGCCAUUUCCAGCACAAGCUAUUCUUCCUCCUGCCCCGUCUAGCUACUUCUCUCAUCCAACGAUCAGAUAUCCUCCCCACCUGAAUCCUCAGGAUACUCUGAAGAAUUAUGUACCUUCUUACGACCCGUCCAGCCCGCAGACUAGCCAGCCUAACAGCAGUGGUCAAGUAGUAGGGAAAUGGCUUGGCCAUUUUACUCCAGUUUUGGCACCGUCUCCCCAUCACAGUGCGGUGCGACCUGUGACCCUGACCAUGACAGAUACUAAACCCAUCACUACAUCCACUGAAGGUGAGGCAUCUUCACCUACAGCAACCACCUACACAGCCUCAGGCACAUCCCAAGCCAAUCGUUAUGUGGGACUCAGCCCAAGAGACCCAUCCUUCCUACACCAGCAACAGCUGAGAAUUUGUGACUGGACCAUGAAUCAAAACGGCAGGCAUUUAUACCCCAGUGCCAGUGAGGAUACAUUGGGAAUUACUUGGCAAAGUCCUGGUACCUGGGCUAGCUUGGUUCCUUUUCAAGUAUCAAACAGGACACCGAUCCUGCCAACAAAUGUCCAAAAUUAUGGUUUGAACAUAAUUGGAGAGCCUUUCCUUCAAGCAGAAACAAGCAACUGA